AUGUCGACCAGCAAGCAGCAGCCGCCGGCGUUCCUGACGCCGCUGACGAUCCCCGCAAAGACGGACCACACCCACACUUUGAUCUUCCUCCACGGGCGCGGCGACAGUGCGUCGGUGUUCGGGCCCGCGUUCACCGCGGACCUCACCGCCUCGCGCCGAUACCCAACCCUAAAACUCGUGUUCCCGACCCCGUCGGAAACGUUCUCGUGCACGUUCCGCCGCCACAUCGCGCAGUGGUUCGACUUUUAUAAUGGCACGGACCCAAAGUCGUACACGCCGACGCAGCUCGAGGGCCUGCGCGGCGUCGUCGAGCACAUCCAUGCGCUGAUCGAGGACGAGGUCGCCGCCGGCAUCCCGCCGGAGAAUAUUUUGCUUGGGGGGCUGAGCCAGGGCGCGGCGGUGGCGCUCGUGGCGCUGCUGCUGGGUGGGAGGAGACUGGGAGGUGUGCUCGGGCUCAGCGGGUGGUUGCCGUUCGCGCUCGAGAUCAGGAGGGAGCUGGCAAGGAAAGGGAUGCCGGUCGGCGCGGUGGUGACGGGAACUAGGGAUGUUGACGUGCCGAUCUGGGAUGCUGAUGAGGCCUUCAAGCUGCGGGAGAGGACAAGGGUGCUGGGUGCGCUACGGGAGCGGGUACUGGGCCAGGAUGCGUUCGAGAAGGAGGUCGUUUCCCAGGUGCUGAAGACCCCGGCGUGGCUCGGGCACGGAGAUUCGGAUGAGGUGGUCAAGUACCUGGUUGGGAGGGAGAUCUACGGGGGCCUCAAGGCGCUGGGCAUGGAUGUGGUGUGGAGGAGGUACCGCGGGCUUCCGCAUAGAAUAAAGAUACCCGACGAGAUUGACGAUAUUGCCAGUUUUUGGGAGCAGAGUUGUGGCUUGACGCCGGCCACCUGGGAGCGCGGAAGUUGGUGA